GAGGCUGCAUUUUUAAAACAUCGACCUGGUUCACGGCUGCGAAUAAUAAGUGGAAAAACAUUUUAGCUACAAGUUCAUUUUAGUGAAGUAGAUAUUUGUUUAUUAAGAAUUUUAAAAUGCCACGAAGUAUUCUUAUCCCGGUUGAUGGUAGUGAGAAUUCAGAAAGAGCUUUUAACUUUUAUGUGGAGAAUUUGAUGAAAGCUGAAGAUACCAUUUUGAUAUUACAUGUUACCACCACACCUCACUUACCCACGUUUAGUAUACAUGAACCUCUGCAAAUGCCAGCCGCAGAAUGGACGAAGAAGAUUCAAGAGCAGGUGGAAAAGACACAAAAACUAGCCGCACAUUACGAAAUGUUAUGUGAAGCGAAAAAGUUGAAGAAAAAAACUUUGCUGGAAUCUGGUAAGCCAGGAGAAGCCAUUUGUGUUGCUGCGAAGAAAGAGAACGCAUCAAUGAUAGUGAUGGGAUCUCGUGGUUUAAAUGCCAUCCGUCGUACCUUCGUUGGUAGUGUUAGUGAUUAUGUCUUGCACCACACACAUGUACCCGUCACUGUCGUACCACCAGAGUAACCUGCUGCUCGUGCUAAGUUUAGUUCAAAAUUGAUUAUUUUUGUUUGUUCCUUCAGUUUUCAUCAUAGUAUAUAAUCAAAGCAGCACAUUUAGUUGAUAUUAUCUUCAGUUGUACUCGAAGACAAUGUGAUUUUUUGUUUUAUUUUCCCUUUUAAAGAAUGUAUACGAAUAUAUUGUUGGAUAAAGCUUGCUAUAUAUAUUGCACGUGGUAUCAAAAUUCUGGUUUAGUAUAUAUGUACAUGUUUUGUGGUUUAUAAAUAAUCAUCUCUAUGGUUUUAUAUUUUGAUUCUGAAUGAUUUUAUUAAUAUUUUCAAACACUUCCUUAGUUGGGCUUUCGGAUAGAGUACCAUCUGAAUGAAUCAAUGGUUUCUGCUUUGCUUUUAGUUUUAUCACGUUUCACUAAUGUGUAUGCUCUUUCGGGUUUUGAGAGUUUUUUCUUUCUAGUUUCCGCUGUAAAAAGAGUACAAUUGUUGUCUUGUUGUUACAAAUGUUGCGGUUGAUGUACUUGGUCAGUCAAAAAGCAAUAAACCAGUGUUAUUGUGCGAGACAAAUUUCUUUUAUAUUUAUUUUUGUGUUUAUUGUUAUAAAAGAAGUUAAUCGACCACUUUA